AUGGCGGCGGUGGCGGCGGUGCCCUGGUUCUAUGAACUCGGCCAGCGUAUCUCUGUGACUGAUCACAUCGCUACCCAGUGCGGAUUCACCCACGGCGUGGAUCUCCGUGGAAACCCGGAAAUCCGUGUCUCCUUCCUGGCUUGUUCCGUCCGCAAUGUGUUUGAUCAGGAUUUCAGCCUCCGGCUCCAGGUGGAGAUGACCAGCCUUGAUAACGUAACUGCUGCUUAUGAAGUGUCCAUGAAUUGUCCCCUCAAUGCCCCGUGGAGUCCCCGUGAGAUCGUCUGCGAGGAAAAUUACAUGGAGGUCUCUGUUCGGCGAGCUGUCCCAGGAAUAGCAAGUGAAGCCCUGAACGAAGAUUGGAUGGCAGCAUGGCCUGUGGUAAGGAUGCUAGACACGGCCCAAGGGGCUAUGAACCAAGUCUGGCAAGUAAUUUUCCAUUUCCAAAAUGGCUCCGUUGAGAACAUGAUGGCUACCCAAGCUUACAGCUUGGGCUACGGCUUCAACACAACCUCCACCCGUGUUCUCUUCCGCACCCCUUAUGGCACCCAGCAGACUGAAGUGGCUAUGGUCGAGGGUUUGGAAGUGGAAGUUGCCCGAGCCACCAUCUUCUAUAAGCAGGCCUGGAUGAUCCUAAUGGUGGAUACCGCUGUGGCCUGCCCUGUCAACCCGCCCACUUUCACUGCCAAUGCCUUGCGCUGGACCUCGCCACGGAUCAUCCCGUCGCUGGUGCUCUUCCCCCACCAGUUUGAAGAUGAAACCAUUGAGAUGGGCCUGGAUGGGGGCAGAAUUGACAGGACCACGAUUGUACGGAAUGGCUACAUCUUCCAGAGCGACGCCUACUUCAUCAGCAUCACCGUACCGAUUGGCGCUGUGGGAGGAAUCACAGAGAGUGACGUGAUCGACAAUCAUUAUGGCACCACGUAUACCAUCAAACUCCUCCUGGACCGCAGAUGGCGAGGAGAUGAAAGUGACCGGACCCGUCACUGGAUCUUCAAGUCAAUCCGCACUCCCUUUGCCCCACAGAUACCGGUGCUCACUGACAACACGGUUCCAGAGAGAGGCUACUUCGAUGUCACCAUAGGGAACUUCCUUGCCGAUGUGGAGCUGUCUGCCAUUGCGAUAGGCGGCAAAGUCUUAACGCCACUGGAAAUCAAGGCACACGGCUGCACCCUGGAGGAAGUGCCCAAUGCCAACCACACCCGAGUUUUCAUUCUCCAGGUUCCUUUCUCCAACCCUCUGGUGGAGCAGAAGUAUCUCUAUGGCAACUUCAGAAAAUACACUUUGCAUCUCGAGUACACAUUUUUCCUGCUCCCGAAGGGCAAGUCGUUCACUCAUCCUGGAGUCCUUGAAUGCGAAGUCGCUGAUGUAGUCCUUCCAGUGUUUGAGGGUUUCUGCGAUGGAGUACAGAUUGGUCUCAUAAUGACCCGCGGGAAUCUGGAUCGCUAUUGGGUUCCUUUUGUGGGCGGCCUUCAGCUGACCAACGAACUUGCAGCAUCGCAGAACUACACCGUUCAAGAUGAUGGCAGCUACUUCUACCUGUCGGCGCCAUUUUUGGCCAUUGGCUUGGUGUAUGAGGAUAUCUCUCUCUCCGGAGUUACUGUCCGGCUAGAUUUCAGCCUGCGGGAUAACAAGACCUUGUUGACGAUGGUGGAGUUCUCCAGAUCUUGUGUCUUCCCUACUGGAAAAUUACUGGUAUGCUUUCCCAAUGGAACUAUGACGGCUACCAUGCUUAGCCUGGAUACUAACGGAAUUAAUCCCAGGAGAACUCAUCUAUGGGAUAAGAGCUGUAGACCAGUAGGAGUUGAUGACACCAAGGCCCUCUUCACCUUCUCCGUGACCACCUGUGGUACCAUCAGAAGAUUUGAAGAGAACUACGUGUUGUAUGAAAAUGAAGUGAUCUUCGAGAGAGAGAUGAUUCCGAGAGCAAAACCCAUCAUAACCAGGGACCCUGAGUAUAGGUUGACCCUGCGCUGCCGUUACCGGCUCAAUGAGACCCUCCGAAUAUGGGCGCAGCGAUUCCUGAAGGAGGGGGUGGCCGCCGGACCCCACCCUUUUCACCUCAAAGGCAUUUUCAUCACCAAACUAGGUAACAUCAUCACUGUUAGAAAUGGAGUGGAGUUCGCUCUAUUUGUAUAUACUACUGUAGUAGUUUGUCCAGCCAGGUUUUAA